AUGGUAGCUUCAGAGCUCACCGCGUCGGCCAUAGCCAUGCGCUCAACGCCUGUGAGUAGCGAUGAGUCGGCUUCGAGCUUACCCAGACCCCUCUUGCCUUUGCAAAACCGCGCCGCCUCUAGUCGGAGCCCGUACAUUCGGGAUCAUACCAAGGACUUGGUCGCAUGGCAACUCCUGGACGACGAGGCAGUUGAGCGUUCACGCAAAGAGAACAAACCUAUCUUUCUUAAUAUUGGUUACAAGGCAUCCCACUCUUGUCGCCUCAUGUCAAUCGAGACCUUCUCUAACCCUGAGUCGGCUGCGGUACUAAACGAGUCUUUCGUGCCUGUCAUAGUUGAUCGAGAGGAGCGCCCUGACAUAGAAGCUGUCUAUAUGAACUAUGCACAAGCCGUCCACAAGGUUGGUGGAUGGCCUUUGAACGUGUUCCUGACGCCGAAUCUGGAGCCAGUCUUUGGUGGAACUUAUUGGGUUGGGCCCGCAGGAAGACGACGCCACAAUGGCGAUAGUACUGACGAGGUUCUCGACUCUCUUACUAUUCUCAAUAAGAUGCGAGACACAUGGAAUGACCAAGAAGCUAGAUGCCGCAAGGAGGCUACUGAGAUUGUUGCGCAGCUCAAGGAAUUUGCAGCUGAGGGCACUUUGGGUACAAGGAGUAUCACGGCACCCUCAGCUUUGGGUCCGCUGGCUGGCUGGGGCGCACCAGCUCCCAGCAAUCCGAGUACCACUGAAAACAGGACUAUGAUCGUUUCACAGGAGUUGGAUCUGGAUCAGCUGGAGGUGGCGUAUAGAAAUAUCGCUGGCACCUUCGACCCAGUACAUGGAGGGUUUGGCUUGGCACCCAAGUAUAUGAUCCCCCCGAAGCUGACGUUUUUGCUGGGACUCUUGACAGCACCGGGACCCGUCCAGGAUGUUGUUGGAUACGACGAAUGCAGACAUGCCACUAAAAUUGCCCUGUACACGUUGCGUCAGAUCCGUGAUGGAGCGCUGCACGACCAUAUUGGAGCUACUGGGUUCUCUCAUUGUUCAGUCACCGCGGACUGGAGCAUCCCUAACUUUGAGAAGCUUGUCAUUGACAACGCGCAAUUACUCUCCCUAUAUAUUGACGCCUGGAAGGCAAGCGGUGGGGGUGAGCAGGGCGAGUUCCUGGAUGUUGUUCUUGAACUUAUCGAAUAUCUCACCACAUCUCCUGUCACCCUUCCCGAGGGUGGCUUUGCUUCAAGUGAAGCGGCUGAUUCUUAUUACAGACAAGGCGACAAUGAGAAGAGAGAGGGUGCUUACUACGUAUGGACGUGGCGUGAGUUCAAAUCAGUCUUGGACGACAUUGAUCAUCACAUGAGUCCUAUUCUGGCGGCGUAUUGGAAUGUGAACAAGGAUGGAAACGUUAAGGAGACGAACGACCCCAACGACGAUUUUAUGAAUCAAAACAUAUUGUGUGUCAAGACCACUGUUGAACAGCUCAGCAGCCACUUCAGUACGCCAGUGGAAAAGAUUCGGGAGUACAUUGAAAAGGGAAAGGCUGCUUUGAGAAAAAAGCGAGAACAGGAGCGUGUGCGCCCUGAAUUAGACGACAAGAUUGUUGCAGGAUGGAACGGUCUUGUCAUAUCAGCACUUUCCAAGGCAGCUUCUGCCUUGAGAACGUUGAAACCGGAGCAAAGCUCUAGGUGCAAGAGUGCGGCAGAGCGCGCCGCUGCUUGUAUUAAAGAGAGACUUUGGGAUGCCGACGAGAAGGUCCUUUACAGGACAUGGUGUGGGGAAAGAGGACAUACCGCCUUUGCGGAUGACUAUGCCUACCUCAUCCAAGGUCUAUUGGACCUUUUCGGGCUGACGGAGAACCAUCAGUAUCUUGAGUUUGCUGAAACUCUGCAGCAAACACAAAUCUCCUUGUUUUUCGAUGAUGAUGGUGCUUUCUUUACGACAAAAGCUCAUAGCCCCCAUGUGAUUCUUCGCCUGAAGGAAGGCAUGGAUACUUCACUUCCAUCCACAAACGCUGUCAGCGUUGCCAACCUUUUCCGCCUUGCAAGCUUACUGUUGGAUGAGGAGCUUACUACCAAAGCCCGUCAGACGAUAAAUGCGUUUGAGAUUGAAGUUGCACAGUAUCCUUGGUUGUUCCCUGGCUUGCUUGGAAGCGUUGUUACUGAGAGAUUGGGCAACUAA